GAGACCGUCGCAAAGUAAAGGACAGGCGUUUGACAAAGCUCAGCGAGAGGCAGAAAGGUUUUAGAAUUCCCAAGACCAACAUCAGCAGCAUGAAGACUAUCAUCUUGAUGCUGGUGUUUUCAAGUGUGUCAUCAGACUGGCUGUCACAGAUAGGUGGAGAACGGGACAAGCUGUUACCUGGUUAUGUGUAUCAGGUAUUUCAGACGGGUACAGUGAGACAGUGUUAUCGACUCUGUGGGUAUUCGGCCAGGUGCGCCUCCGCCAACUGGAUCUCGACUACUGCUGAGUGUCAACUGAGUACCAAUGCUGUGGGUAUAUUGCAAGUUUCGGCGAACAACGUGUAUCUUCCUGUUCAUCAGUUUGCUACACAGAAUCAUCCUUGCUCAGAUGCACCCUGUGGACCUGACGAAAUGUGUGUCCCUGUUAGCAGCAGUUCGGACUAUGUAUGCGCACUCGUCAAGGGACACACAAGCAACAGUGCUACACCUACUGAAACAACUACUGCGGUACCGGAUACAACAGGGGCACUGACUACAUCGCCCUCACCAUCAACGCCAUCUCCGACUACGACGGCUUCACCAACGACGGCACAAGUACCAACUACUACAACACCAGCUACGACUACAACACCUUCACCAGCGACAACACCAGCACUAACUACAACAACACCUUCGCCAACGACGACAACUACACAUAUUACUACAACACCUUCACCAACGACGACACCAGCACCAACUACUACAACACCUUCACCAACAACGACACCAGCACCAACCACAACACCUUCACCAACAACGACACCAGCACCAACUACUACCACACCUUUACCAACAACGACACCAGCACCAACCACCACAACAGCUUCACCAACGACGACACCAGCGCCAACUACAACAACACCUUCGCCAACGACGACUACACUUUUUACUACAACACCUUCACCAACGACGACACCAGCACCAACUACAACAACACCAGCUCCGACUACAACACCUUCACCAACGACUACAACAACACCCACAACCACAACACCUGUUCCAACUACCACUACACCUACAACUACUACACAUGAUGGAACGUGCGUGACAGACAAUGACUGCAGUUCUCUCCCCUUCACCAAGUGUUCCCAAAACCUUUGCGUGUGUACCGUGGGCAGCGAUAUGGAUAAUACCACUGGCGUAUGUCGAUCAUUAACAGAGUGUUCCUCCGUCGCAUCCGUCUUCUCCAGCUUCAAGGACAAGGCCAUCACAGGCGCUAACACUCAGAGCAUUUCGAGCAAGACGCCUGCAGAGUGCGCACAAUUGUGUAUAAACGCCUCGUUCGUAUGUAAAUCGUUUGAAAUGUUUUUCAGCACCUGUCUAUUGCAGACUGUCAGCUGGUAUGACGUUCCAGAAGGUGAACGUGGGUAUAAGAAAGGUGUCGACCAUUACCAGCGUAGAUGUAAUUGGUGAACUUUGAUGCACUGUCCGGUGUCAUUCUGUGCUACUGUUGGAACAGUGCCGGUGCACAUCAGAUUCUCUGUAUAUGGGUACAUUGUUGUCAUUGAAAACGCGGCAAUGCACUCUUUCAGGCCUCGAACAAAUGCCUGUCUAUGUUUUUACAGGCACAAGGAUGAUACGAAAAAUUGAAGUGGUAAAGAAAUGAAAUAAGUCUAAACUGAUAUUUGACAUCUCAGGACACAAUUUAAUUGGUGUCGCCACAAUUAAUCACAACAUGAAACAUAUAUGAAAUAUAUCAAACAUUGCACAAAAGAUUACAAAGUACAAAUAUAUAUUCUGCAAUAUGUACAAUUCAAUUGGAUACUCUAAGUAGUACAACAUAUUAAUGUCUCCAGGCUUGUCUUCAGGUUGGACAGUUCUCUCUGGAGGACUUGAUACUUCUUUUUCUUUGGGGGCAAUCUGUCUGGGGGUUCCAUCGGAGUUCAGCCUCAACCCAGUUUGUGGUCAUGUAAUCUGCGAUCUGCAGACAUCUGUUGUCCUGAGACAUGUCUGCUAGGAGUUCGAGCAAGACAUCUUCCACCUACAAUGCAAAAACACAAAAGCUCCAUAAUGUUACCUGGUAGCACUUAGAAAUGAAAUGGUUUGGUUUCUAUAGUAUGAUAAUACAUUAUAUACUACCCAUCAAAUGUUUAGACUCACUUACAGCACUAACUAUAUGUUA